UCUUCCUGCGCAGUUCUUCGCAGCCUCCGCGGGGAAGUGCCGGGGCCGCUCCCGAGGCUCAGUGGGCAGGACCGCGAGAAGGCAGCCCCGGCGAGCGGCCGUGCGCACCGUCUGGAGUGGCCGGGGAGCCGGGGCGCGGCGUCCUCUUGCCCGAGCAGGAGCACCCUUCGGGCCAGCAGUUGCCGCCACCCCGACUUUCGUUCCAGUUGAAGCUCCUCUCGGGCAACAUGUCAAAAGCCGCCACCGCUACAGCUGCCGCCGCCACCUGGGGAAGAGCGGCAGCGGCGGCGGCGGCGGCGGCGGCGGCCGCGGGCGCGCGGGGGCAAUAAACCGACCCGCCCGGGCGUCCUGCGGGCCAGGGAACCCCCUCCGCGCUCACAGCUCCGGCGGGCCCCGCGCCAUGUGCUGAGCCAUGUACCUCGCCGCGCCCCCAGGCUGCGCAUGGGGCAGCGCCUGAGCGGCGGCCGAUCCUGCCUCGAUGUCCCCGGCCGGCUCCUGCCGCAGCCGCCGCCGUCCCCGCCACCGGUGAGGAGGAAGCUCGCGCUGCUCUUCGCCAUGCUCUGCAUCUGGCUCUACAUGUUCCUGUACUCGUGCGCCGGCUCGUGCGCCGCCGCGCCCGGGCUGCUGCUGCUGGGCUCGGGGUCCCGUGCCGCCCACGCCCCGCCGGCCCCGGCUCCGGGUCCCGACGGGACUACCCCCAGGCUGCCGUUCCAGGCGGCGCCGGCCACCCCGGCCGAGGGCGCCGCGAGCCAGGAGGAGCAGAGUCCCGAGAUGCCGGACUCCCCCAGCCCCAUCUCCAGCUUCUUCAGUGGGUCCGGGAGCAAGCAGCUGCCGCAGGCCAUCAUCAUCGGCGUGAAGAAGGGCGGCACGCGGGCGCUGCUCGAGUUCCUGCGCGUGCACCCCGACGUGCGCGCCGUGGGCGCCGAGCCCCACUUCUUCGACCGCAGCUACGACAAGGGCCUCGCCUGGUACCGGGACCUGAUGCCGAGGACCCUGGACGGGCAGAUCACCAUGGAGAAGACGCCCAGCUACUUCGUGACCCGCGAGGCGCCCGCGCGCAUCUCGGCCAUGUCCAAGGACACCAAGCUCAUCGUGGUGGUGCGCGACCCGGUGACCCGGGCCAUCUCGGACUACACGCAGACGCUGUCCAAGCGGCCCGACAUCCCCACCUUCGAGAGCCUGACGUUCAAGAACCGCACGACGGGCCUCAUCGACACGUCGUGGAGCGCCAUCCAGAUCGGCAUCUACGCCAAGCACCUGGAGCACUGGCUGCGCCACUUUCCCAUCGGCCAGAUGCUCUUCGUGAGCGGGGAGCGGCUCAUCAGCGACCCGGCCGGCGAGCUGGGCCGCGUGCAGGACUUCCUGGGCCUCAAGAGGAUCAUCACCGACAAGCACUUCUACUUCAACAAGACCAAGGGCUUCCCCUGCCUCAAGAAGGCCGAGGGCAGCAGCAAGCCCCACUGCCUGGGCAAGACCAAGGGCAGGACCCACCCGGAGAUCGACCGCGAGGUGGUGCGCCUGCUGCGCGAGUUCUACCGGCCGUUCAACUUGAAGUUCUACCAGAUGACCGGCCAGGACUUCGGCUGGGACUGACGGGACCACCCCCCACCCCCCCCCAUCCCGCCGCGCGAUGUGACUUUCCCACUUGGCUUCUAUGUUGACAGAGAUUAUAUGUAUGUAAAAUGUACAGAAAUCUAUUUUAUAAUAAUUUAUUUUUAAUUCGUAAGCAAUUAAUUCACUAAGCUGCCUAGCCACACUCUUCAGAGGGUUUAGCUUCGUAACCCGUUCACAUUCCAAAGCUUCUCAUCGGUUCUUUUCCUCACAGUUGAUGGUGCUUCCGUGUGCCCCCCCGCCCCCCUCCCCCAUUCUAUUUAAAAAGAAGAAAAGCACAACUUGAGAUUUUUGUCGUUACGGGUACGCAGCCUCCGAUCGCUGGCUGAAUUCGCUCGCCGUCUCCUUGUGUCUUGGGUCUCCUAGGGCGGCUCCCAUUUCUGUCCCUGCCUGCACACCUCGCAGGAACGCGACACCCCCCUCCCUUCCCCCCAGAGGGUCACGUCUCCUGUGGCAGCUUCCUCGCCCCUGUGUUGACAUUUCCGAGGACGUGGACGCCAAACCACAGCGCUGAGGCUUUUCCCCCAAGUCUGCUCAGCUCGUGGGGGACAUCCCUGCCUUUGCGGGGACGCCCGCCUCCUUUCUGGGGAGUCCUUUGUGCCAGGGUCCAAACGUUUACUUGGGCGUGGGGUUUUGAAAGAUGGCCCUGUGUCGUCUUCUGCCCCAGUCCCUGGUUCGUUAAGCAGCUCGAAGCGUAUGCAGACGGUAGCUCCUCCUUCCCGGGCCCCGUGUGUGUGUGUGUGUGUGUGUGUGUGUGUGUGUGUGUGUGUGAUGCUGGGAUGCUGCUUUAGAAAUAAAGACGACCCCUGAUUUGCACGCAUCGCCAUGCCCCGUUCUCCAGGCCAGACAAUUCUGCUUUGACACACCAAAGAAAUCCCCUAGGCUAGCAGAAUCUCCUGGCAGAGACCGCACGGGUCCAGAGGGGUCAAGUGCAUCCCACCCCAUCAGAGUCCGCCAAGGUGCUGCUAGGUGCACAGCCAGCCCCAGUUGGGCACAUCCCAGUAGACUGUGGGAGUAGACCACCUCCGAGGGGAGAAAAGACAAACCCCCACCAGAAAGGUGGCCAGCGGAAGUGAGUCGUGGCCCCCUCGCUUGAUGUCUGGAACUCUCCUCCUCGGAAUCCCUGGCUCAUCCCAGAUUGACAACACAGUCUGCAGCCGACGGCCAGGCUGCAAGAACGAAGAGUGGCUCUUGUAAAGACAGGCUGGGAAAGCUGGCCCCGUGUUGCCUGGAGACACUCACGCCUGCCAGUUGUGAAGAUGUCCCCCUGUUUGAGCUAGGUCCCGGCAGAAGGUUUCCAGCGUUGUUGCUGCUGAUGGCCGAAUGCUCCCCCCGCCCGGUACCUCUCUGCCGAGCGAGCAGUUGGAGAUCAUUUUUGAGGACGUAGCCUGUGGCAGUUGGGUAAUCCUAUAGCAGUGUCAGGUAACGAACAUACCCCCCGUAUCCUGUUUUCCGAACCGCAACUGCUGCUGCCAUCAGAGGGUUUUGAUUCGAGUUCUGCUUUCGCCGGGGCACAUGCGGGAAGGUAACGCGUCUCGGCAGAAUGGUCGGGGCGUGAUGGUCACGAAGUCGCUUUCGUGUGUCGUUGCGGGAUAACUUGCCCGACAGAGUACGAACACUUGUAUGAAAGGAGAGAGAUGGUCCCUCUUUAGCAAUCGGUCAGGAUGUCACUGGUCAUUAGGUGAUGUCUGGUUUGUGUUUGCCCACACGUUUCAGCCCGGGUGCACCCAGCUCGCCCUCAGCUGCAAAGCGAUCGUGGGUCGGGUGAGGUCUGUGUAGGACGAUGGGCCGGGGGGGCUCCGUGCGAUCCUCAGAUGUUCUGUUCGUUUCAAAGCUCUGUCACUGCCUCUCCCAGGUAGCUUAGCAGCUGCAUUUAGAGGAACACCCUAACCCUGGCGUGGGUCUUUCUCCCUUCUUGCUGCUUUGGCAUCAAGACGUCUGCAGAAGGGUGCCGAUUGGUCCAGAAGGGUGCUGAUGGGUCGUGUGGUUUUCCAGUCCGAAAGCUCACUGGAAAUAAAACCACCGAUGCUGCUUUUCAGUAACAGAGUAUCGUUUCAAGUAAAAGCCAGUGUCCACCCCCUCCGCCUCACCCUGCCCUGGCCACACUCUGGCCAAAUGCGAGCCCCAACAGGGCUCAUGAUGCAGAGUUGCAGAAAGGUUCGGAGGAGGGCUUGCGACAAAGCAGUCCGCCUUCGGGUCCCCGCCGUCUAUCCAGGCUGGACAAUUUGGAUGAAGUUGUUUAUUCCCUGCCUUAAAACAGAAACAGGAAGUUUUCAGAUAGAAGGAGGGGAGGGUCAUUGAGUCAUGAGCCCUGAAGCGAGUCAAGAUUCUAUUCUGGGUCAAAUCCUUGAAUCCAAACAGAUGGCGCUAAUUAGCAAUGACGGACUAGAGCACGUUUUUCUAGAGCAGACAAAUAAAUCAAACUUCCUGCGCAUCUCUUCAUAGAGGUCUGAUGGCUCGUAAUUCCUGACGGAUCCAGACCCGACAUCUGCCCCCAGGUUACACCUCAUCGUGUGAUAGUUAUUGUAGAGCCCGAACCCCCAUGCCUUCCUCCAGUAGGAGUUAAGCAACACAAACACAUAAAAUUCAGCCUUGAGUUUCUUCCUGUUCUAGCAAUCUCCAAGGCCACCGACUCAAGUUUUUUAGCUGUUAGAAGACAAACACCCAUUUCAUGUUUCGGCCUUUUGUCUCAGCACGUUUUGGGUUUCUUCCAGUUUAAAGCUCUGCUAUUCAGUGGGGUACUUGACCCCUCUCGGUUUUGUCUUCUUUAUUAAAAGCAGAAAAGAUAAAGAAAAAUAAAAUGGGAGGUUUUUUACUGUCCCAGAAAUCCGUGCUCGCUUGGAGGUGUUUGUGUCGUAGUCUGGUAACUUGGUAGGUCGUACCUGGAAAGGUAUUUAGGUAUAUUGGCUGCCUAAGAAAUACUUAUUUGGAUGAUGGAGGAAGAGAAAUUAUCUUUUUCAUAGGAUUCUCUUUGGAAGUUAUUUCGAGUGACAGUUUAGACUUUUGGAGAAAGUUUCAGAUCCUGCCAGGAUAUUUAUUUACCUAAGAAAGGAAAACGGAAGGCUCCGAUAAACUAGAGAUACUUAAGCGUGGGUCUCAAACACAGACAGAGAUGUCCGUGUCAUUUUUUUUUUCGUUAUUCUCGAGAAGGAUGGUCCCUUAAAUUUAAAGGUGUGGUUAGAUUUUUUUUUUUCGCUUUUGUAACCUUAAUUUAUGACGGAGUUCAUUCAGCCCAGGAAUCUGAAAUACUGUGCAAAUUCUGGCGGCGUGUCUUCUAUAACCUGGAUGUUAGAAUAGCCAAUAUGUACAAAAAAAAAAAAAACAACUAAAUCAAGUAUUUUGUCCUAUGUAUAACACAGAUUAAUUUUACACAGAGAAAAGAGGUUUCUAGGAAAAUGAAAAUCUGGUAAUUCAUACUAUUUCUUUGUAUGGACGAAUAAAAUAUAUUUUACCAA